CGGAGGGAGAACACGAAGAAGAAAUUGGAAUAGUUUCCGGUGCUAGUAGGGGUCAGGCAGAGGGGAAACUCAUACUACAAGACUACAAGAUGCUUCUGCGGAGGGUCCUGCAGGUGGGAGGGGCGGCGCUGAAAUGCAGCAGGUCCAUCCAGCACAGCUCGGUCCUGAGGAGUCCACUUAUCCCCAUCGUGGUGGAGCAGACAGGGAGAGGAGAGCGGGCGUAUGACAUAUAUUCUCGACUCCUGAGGGAGAGAAUUAUUUGUGUAAUGGGUCCUAUUGAUGACUCAGUAGCCAGUCUAGUCAUUGCCCAGCUGCUCUUUCUGCAGUCGGAAAGCAACAACAAGCCCAUCCACAUGUACAUCAACAGUCCCGGUGGUGUGGUAACAGCCGGCCUGGCCAUCUACGACACUAUGCAGUACAUCCUUAAUCCCAUCUCCACCUGGUGCGUUGGCCAGGCAGCCAGCAUGGGCAGCUUGCUGCUGGCAGCGGGGACGACGGGAAUGAGGCAUUCACUCCCCAACGCCCGCAUCAUGGUGCACCAGCCUUCAGGGGGAGCUAGGGGCCAAGCCACCGACAUUGCCAUCCAGGCUGAGGAGAUCCUGAAACUGAAGAGGCAGAUCAACAACAUCUACGCCAAACACACGGGACAGUCACUGGAAACCAUCGAGAGCGUCAUGGAGAGGGACCGCUACAUGAGCCCCAUGGAGGCCCAGGAUUUUGGUAUCAUUGACCGGGUCCUGGUCCACCCACCCCAGGCAGGCCAGGAUGAACCCGAGCUGGUGCAGAAAGAGCCGCCAGCAGCGUCCAGCCCCGCCCCAACCCCGGAGUCUUCAGCGCCGGAGCAGGCCUCCCCUGGGAGCCACCCCCCCUCCUCAUACAAACCUGAGCCAUGAACUUUAGGAGAGCCUUCAGAGAUCUGCAAAUGGGCCUUCAGGAUUUUCUGCCUGAAGCGACCUGGUUUCCAGAUGGAGUCUUUAUGAUGUAUUUCAGUUGUUUUAAGCGGCUUCCUUGUGACCUCAUGUUACCCUGCAACAAUGGUGCACUCUCCACACACACAGGCAGCACCCAGGCUUUUGUUCACAGCCCUCAGAAAAUGAAGCACCUUCAUGUUAGGUCAGUCUGUUGUUGUGUACAGCCUUAUUGAUAAAACUGUAGUGCAUUCACACUGCAAGCAACUGUUUUGAUGUGUUGCUGUGGGAUGUGGAACAAGCUCUGAUUUCAAAUAUGUAGACAGAAUGUUGAACAAGCAAAUGUGUUCACUGCUGUGGUUGUGGCUUUCACACUGUUACACUGUUUUGAUGAGUUUACUAACUAAAUGUCUUCGGCCUGGCUUAAAAUCCUCGAUGCAGAUUCUCCAUGCAUUGUUUUAAGAAAUUUAUUCUUUCAGUCUUUCAAAUAAAAGUUGCCGAGAACUGGGAAGUGCAGAAUGCCUGUAACAAACUUCUCAUCUAACAAGGAAGUGGGGGAAUCAGAUGACUUUUACCAGCUAACAAGCCGACCGUCCACACACCACCCGGUCCGUCUGGUUGUUCAGCCCUGUAACACAUGAAUGGACUGCUGGCGUGGACUGUGCUGCUCACAGUGUGAAUGCAUGGCACAAAAAAAUAAAAAUCACUUCUUUAGAUUAAUGUGGGGGCAGGAAGCCUGUUAAGACGACAAACACAUCCUACUCAGCACCUGCUUGCAGGGAAGACACUGUUGAAGUUAUUGGAGCAGAGAAACAGACUGAUCUGCUUUGGAAUAUUCCUAUUUUUAAUAAAUUUCAUCAUGUUGACCAAAAUUCUCAAA